CCACACACACACGCACCACUGCAGGCGACUUUCAACAUCACUUCAAAGCGUUUGAGCUCUUUAUUUCACUUUCCCUACCGACACGGUGUUGUUAUUUAUAUCGAAGCCCACUGUCUGAACUUUAUUUCUUUGGCGCUGAGCUUGCGGGACACUAUGCGGCGCGGCCAUGGCGAAGAGGGCUAAAUCGGUCACGAGGACCCUGGAGGAUUUGACACUCGACUCGGGUUACGGUGGAGCGGCGGACUCGUUCAGGUCGUCUAGCUCGUCGCUGUGCUGCUGUCCCGAGGCGCACGCACCGUAUGCGCAUGGAGCGAACUGCUGCCGCCUAACCGACCGCAUGCGCAGUCGCCGCGGCAGCUCGGACACGGUGAACGUCGCGCCGGUUGACGACGGCGAGACGCUGGAGUGCCCGGGUCACUGCGCCAGGCUUCCCGAGCUCGACGAGGUGCCGUGGAGCCUCGCGGAAGUGCAAGUGGUGCUCGAAAAGCAUGGCGACCCGCGAUGCGCCACUUCGAGCGCCGAGCUGCUCGCCAGGCUCUCGGCGCUGCUGACUCGCGCACUGGUGCGCAUCGCCACGGAGGCGCGGCGGCUGAGUUUGCGUUACGCGCGCUGCACCAGGUACGAGAUGCAAAGUGCUGCCAAAAUCGUGCUGUCGUGGACCGUCGCGGCGAACUGCGCCGCCGCUGCGCUCGGUGCGCUCUCCACGUACACCAUGAGCACGGAGGACAGAUACAGCCGUGGCAAGUCGGAGCGCUGCGGGCUCGUCUUCAACGUCGGGAGAUUCUUUCGGUGGAUGGUGGACAGCAGCGUGGCAUCGAGGAUCCACGAGCACGCCGCCAUCUACCUGGCCGCCUGCAUGGAGAACCUCUUCCGUGAGGUCGUGGGUCGCGUCCUGAACAGCGCGCUCUUGGAGGAGGGCAACGGCAUGCCAGCAACGGUCACUGUGGAGGCCUUUGAGCAAGCCAUCAAUAACGAUUCGGAGCUGUACGGUCUCCUUCAGCCUUACCAGCACCUCGUGUGUGGCAAAAAUGCGAGUGGCAUCCUGAGUCUGCCAGACAGUUUUAACCUACACAGAGACCAACAGCGGUCAGCGAAGACUGGUGAUGCCUACAGUCAGGCCGAGCUGCGCACUAUAGAGCAGUGUCUACUGGCCACACGUGUGGGGAGCAUCGCUGAGCUCAGUGACCUUGUGUCCAGAGCCAUGCAUCACCUUCAGCCCCUGAGCAUCAAGAACCAUACUAACAGUACUCCUGUGCACCAGAAGAACAAUCUGCUCCACUGGGAGCCUGAGGCUCUCUACACUCUCUGUUACUUCAUGCACUGCCCCCAAAUGGAGUGGGAGAACCCCAAUGUAGAACCCUCCAAAAUCACUCUUCACACAGAAAGGCCAUUUAUGGUACUGCCUCCCCUCAUGGAGUGGAUCCGAGUGGCCGUAGCCCAUGCCGAGCACCGCCGUAGCUUCUCGGUAGAUAGUGAUGAUGUUCGACAGGCAGCUCGGCUCAUGUUGCCAGGAGUGGACUGUGAACCUCGGCAGCUAAAGACAGAUGAUUGUUUCUGUAUGUCACGGAAGCUGGACGCUGCGUCCACUGAGGCAAAGUUUCUGCAGGAUCUGGGGUUCCGGAUGCUCAACUGUGGACGCACGGACCUGGUAAAGCAGGCCAUCAAUCUGCUCGGACCUGAAGGCAUCAACAGCAAGAGUGAACAGGGUAUGACUCCGUUGAUGUAUGCGUGUGCUCGUGGCGAUGAGGCCAUGGUUCAGAUGCUGUUGGAUGCAGGAGCUGAUAUCAACAGUGAGGUGCCCAACACAGUGCACCAGCACCCCUCAAUCUUCCCCGAGACUCGGCAAGCCACGGCGCUCACCUUCGCCGUGCUCCACCAACACGUCCCCGUGCUGCAGUUGUUGAUGGAUGUCGGGGCAAAUGUGGAAGGAUCUCUGCAAGACGGAAUGGAGAACUACACAGAAACACCUCUGCAGUUAGCUGCCGCUGCAGGAAACUUUGAGCUGGUCAGCCUGCUGUUGGAGAGGGGAGCUGACCCACUGGUGGGUACCAUGCACCGUAACGGCAUCUCCACAACCCCACAUGGCGAAAUGAACUCCUUCAGCCUGGCUGCAGCACAUGGACACAGGAAUGUGUUCCGUCGGCUACUGUCCCAGGCUGAGAAGGGAAAAGGGGAUGUAUUGUCCCUGGAGGAGAUCUUGGCUGAGGGGACGGAGGCAGGCGAGCGGAAUUCGUUGCAGAUGGAAGCAGCACGCACUGGGAAGGCCAAACUCAGAGCUCUGAAAGAAGCCAUGUAUCACAGCUCGGAGCAUGGCCACGUGGACAUCACACUGGACAUACGCAGCUUAGGAGUACCAUGGACGCUGCACACCUGGCUGGAAUCUUUGCGCACGUGUUUCUUGCAGCACAGGCGGCCGUUGAUCCAGGGCCUGCUGAAGGAGUUCAGCUGCAUCGAGGAGGAGGAGUACACUGAGGAGCUCAUCACACACGGCCUGCCUCUAAUGUUCCAGAUCCUCCGUGCCAGCAAGAAUGAAGUGAUCAGUCAGCAGUUGGCAGUGAUCUUCACUCAAUGCUACGGACCCUACCCUGUUCCUAAACUCACCGAGAUCAAGAAGAAACAGACCUCCAGACUGGAUCCCCACUUCCUGAACAAUAAGGAGAUGUCAGAUGUGACAUUCCUGGUGGAAGGAAAACCGUUCUAUGCUCAUAAAGUUCUGCUCUUUACUGCCUCCAACAGGUUUAAAUCUCUACUAGCGAACAGGCCAGCAUCAGAGAACACCUGCAUUGAAAUUAGCAAUGUGAAGUAUAAUGUGUUCCAGCUGGUGAUGCAGUACCUGUACUAUGGUGGAACAGAUGCACUACACAUCAGGAACACUGAGGUUAUGGAUCUGUUGUCUGCGGCUAAGUUUUUCCAGCUGGAGGCACUACAGAGGCACUGCGAGAUCAUCUGCUCCAAGAAUAUCAACACCGAGACCUGUGUAGAGAUCUACAACCAUGCUAAAUUCCUGGACGCACCAGAGCUCUUGUCCUACAUCGAGGGCUACUUCCUGAAGAACAUGGUGGUGUUGAUUGAACUGGAGCCAUUCAAGCAGCUUGUCUAUGACACCCCAGUGGAGAGCACAUGCCAUGACGUGCUGCAUGCCCUGGAGAGGACUCUGGCCACCCGAAUUCACUCCAUCCACUUGUCAUCAUCCAAAGGAUCUAUAGUUUGAGACUGUCACAAUUGCUGCACUGAAACAUUUGAAGCUCAUGUGCAUUUUGUCCAGUGCUGUAUAGCAGGGUAGGUUAAGUGUGCGUUCUGUUUGUUAGUAUAGCAGUAUGUGAUACGUGCACUGGCUAAAUCAGCAGCCAUAUUCAGUCAUCUAAUGGAGAAAAUGUUAACAGGAGCUCAGCAGGUGGUAAAUUGCUUCCUGUUAGUAUCCAUUAGACAAGCAGCAUCACUGAUUUUUGCCAUUACGUUUCUCAUUUUAGAUCUGUUCGCCGAGACAUCAUGCAGUUCAAUACAUAUUUUCAAAUUACAACCCCGAUUCCAAAAAAGUUGGGACAAAGUACAAAUUGUAAAGAAAAACGUAAUGGAAUGAUGUGGAAGUUUCAAAACUCCAUAUUUUAUUCAGAAUAGAACAUAGAUGACAUAUCAAAUGUUUAAACUGAGAAAAUGUAUCAUUUAAAGAGAAAAAUUAGGUGACUUUAAAUUUCAUGACAACAACACAUCUCAAAAAAGUUGAGACAAGGCCAUGUUUACCACUGUGAGACAUCCCCUUUUCUCUUUACAACAGUCUGUAAACGUCUGGGGACUGAGGAGACAAGUUGCUCAAGUUUAGGGAUAGGAAUGUUAACCCAUUCUUGUCUAAUGUAGGAUUCUAGUUGCUCAGCUGUCUUAGGUCUUUUUUGUCGUAUCUUCCGUUUUAUGAUGCGCCAAAUGUUUUCUAUGGGUGAAAGAUCUGGACUGCAGGCUGGCCAGUUCAGUACCCGGACCCUUCUUCUACGCAGCCAUGAUGCUGUAAUUGAUGCAGUAUGUGGUUUGGCAUUGCCAUGUUGGAAAAUGCAAGGUCUUCCAUGAAAGAGACGUCGUCUGCAUGGGAGCAUAUGUUGCUCUAGAACCUGGAUAUACCUUUUGGCAUUGAUUGUGUCUUUCCAGAUGUGUAAGCUGCCCAUGCCACACACACUAAUGCAACCCCAUACCAUCAGAGAUGCAGGCUUCUGAACUGAGCGCUGAUAACAACUUGGGUUGUCCUUCUCCUCUUUAGUCCGAAUGACACGGCGUCCCUGAUUUCCAUAAAGAACUUCAAAUUUUGAUUCGUCUGACCACAGAACAGUUUUCCACAGUCCAUUUUAAAUGAGACUUGGCCCAGAGAAGACGUCUGCGCUUCUGGAUCAUGUUUAGAUACGGCUUCUUCUUUGAACUAUAGAGUUUUAGCUGGCAACGGCGGAUGGCACGGUGAAUUGUGUUCACAGAUAAUGUUCUCUGGAAGUAUUCCUGAGCCCAUUUUGUGAUUUCCAAUACAGAAGCAUGCCUGUAUGUGAUGCAGUGCCGUCUAAGGGCCCGAAGAUCACGGGCACCCAGUAUGGUUUUCCGGCCUUGACCCUUACGCACAGAAAUUCUUCCAGAUUCUCUGAAUCUUUUUUUUUUUAAAGAUUUUUUUGGGCUUUUUUCACCAUUAUUAUUGGAUAGGACAGUGUAGAGCCAGGAAAUGAGCGGGAGAGAGAGACGGGGAGGGAUCAGGAAAUGACCUCGGGCUGGAAUCGAACCCGGGUCCCCGGAUUUAUGGUAUGGCACCUUAUCCACCUGAGCCACGACGCCCCCAGAUUCUCUGAAUCUUUUGAUGAUAUUAUGCACUGUAGAUGAUGAUAUGUUCAAACUCUUUGCAAUUUUACACUGUCGAACUCCUUUCUGAUAUUGCUCCACUAUUUGUCGGCGCAGAAUUAGGGGGAUUGGUGAUCCUCUUCCCAUCUUUACUUCUGAGAGCCGCUGCCACUCCAAGAUGCUCUUUUUAUACCCA